CUCAUCACCUCUGCAAUGCUGGAACGUUACUCCAAUCAAGCUAAGAGUUUGUUGUCUCCACACGCAUCAAGAGAGCGGAGCCUUGAUGGCUAAAAUGACAACACAGGUGUUUCGAAUGUCCACUUUGUAUGCUGAUGGAUGAUGUCACCAUGGUAGCAGGACGCAUGCAUGCCCCCUAGUGGACGUAUAGUCAGCGCUUUGAGGUCAUGACCUGUGGAAGGGGAACGUUUUGUUCCUCCGCUUGAACGAGUCUUUGCAAGGAGACAAAAAAGAGUAACGAUGUCAAAGCUGCUCGGGUGGCUACGCAUUUUGACAUUGCUCAAGUACACUUAAGUCUCCUAAGUGCGUCAAUUGUUGCACUUAAAGUGGUCCAAAUGUACAGUGCUGGACACUUAGUAGUCGUCAUCUUGGGGACAAAAUAACUCAAAUAGUUGCAAUUCCCCAUUAAAAAGUAAAGAGACGUAAUAAGAAGAAAAUGAAGAAAAUAUAAAAUAGCGUAAAAUAAAAAAAAUAAAAAAGGGGGUGAAAGGAAGAAAAUAGAAAAUGCAGGAAUAUACAUUUGAAAAAAAUUAAAUAACGACAAAGAAGAAAAAAAAGGAAUAAGGCAAAAAGAAGAAAAAACAAUUAAAAAAGAAAAUGCAAAAAAUACAAUUUAAGAAAAUAGACAAAGACAAAAAAACGAAUUAAAAUCUGAAAAACAUAAAAUAAAGAAAAAACAAGUGAAAGGGGAACAAAUGAUGACAAAAAGCUGAGAAAUGUAGUUUUGAAAAAGACAGAGAAGAAAAAAGUAAACAUUUGGGGAAAAAAGAAGAAAUAGCAAAAAUUAUUAUAAAAAAAAAAAGACAAUAAUAAAAAGAAGAAGAAAAAGGAAAAUGCAUCAUUAUUUGUUUUGAAAGAUACAUUUGGAAAACACGAAAGGAGGACACAAAUACAAAGAAGAAAAAGACUAAAAGUGAAAAAGGAGGAAAAAGGCAAUUAAGAAAAAAGACUUGAAGAAAAAAGACAGAUUUUUUUUAUAUAAAAAAGACAAGCAAGAAUAAAACAAACAAGAAGAGAAACAAAGAAAAAGAGGAAAAACAAAGAAGAAAAAAAAUGUUUAAAAGGAAAAAAUGUAAGAAAAAAAGCAAAAAGAAGAGCAAAUGAAAAAAAUGUUAAUAAAAAAAAAUUAAGGAAAUAGAAAAUGCAGAAAUAUACAUUUAAUAUAAUGAAAUAGAGACAAAGAAAAAACUAAACAAAAAAGGGAAAUAAAAAUGCAGUAAAACAAUAAAAGAAAAAAGGCGAAAAGAAGACAAAACUCAUAAAAAAGAAAAUGCAAAAAGUAGAAUUUAGGAAAAUAAACAAAGACAAAAACUAAUUAAAAUUUGAAAAAUAUAAAAUAAUAAAAACAACUAGUGAAAGGGGAACAAAUGAUGACAAAAAGCUGAGGAAUACAGUUUUGUAAAAGAUGAAGAAUAAAAAAGUAAAUAUUUGAAAAAAAGAAGGAAAAGCAAAAAAAUAUAAAAGAAAGACAAUAAAAAAUAAAAUGCAUCAAUAUUUGUUUUGAAAGUAAAAUUUGGGAAAACACAAAAGAAGGGCACAAAUACAAAUAAGAAAAACACUAAGAAGAAAAAAUGAGGAAAAAGGCAAAAGACUUGAAGAAAGAAGAAAAGACAGAAUGUUUUAAUUUAAAAAGACAAGCAAGAAGAAAACAAACGAAAGAGAAACAAAGAAAAAGAAGAGGAAAAACAAAGAAAAAAAAGGAAAAAUAUAAAAGAAGGAAAAAAUGUAUAGAAAAUGUAUAGAAAAUGCAACAAAAAAAAAACUAAGAAGAAAAAAAAGUUGAAAAAUAUUAAAUCUAAAAAAUCCAAAAAGACAAAGAAAAAGAAGGAAAAGGGACCAAAUGGAAAAAAAACCAUAUAAACAGUUUUAAAAGAGAAAAAGACAAAGAAGAAGAAAAAUAUGAAAGAAGGAAAAUUAACUUCUUAGGCUUUUUUUAAAAAUAAAAUACUACAAAGAAGAAGAAAAAGAAGUAAAACAAAUUGCAGUAUUAUUUUUUUUUAAAUAAAACAAAAAAAAAGGACACAAAUAAAAGAAAACAAAGACAAAGAAGGUAAAAAAAAGAAGAAGAAUUAAGAAAGAAAAAAAGACAGAUUUUUAAAAAAAGAAAAAGAGAAACAAAGGAUAAGCAGAAAAUAUAAAAGGAAAAAAAGACAAGAAAAGUGUGUCAAUAUUGCGAUCAUCAUGGACUUGUGACAGCACUCCACAAAGUGUGUGCACUUAACACCUGAGUACUCAAGUCUUCCAUUGGAGAGCUCGCUGUAGUCUUACUUUGAUGACAUCAUCAAUCAGCGGCCUGUGAGCGCCCGACCCUCCAGCGAUGGCGGUCUAAGCCGGCGACCUCCCACAUGGGCUUGUGUCCCGCCUCUCCGGGCGCUAUAAAAGUUCUAGAGUCCCGCCAGCCGCUCACACUUUGACACUCGCGCGGCGGACACAGAUGGCGUCUUUGGGCCUGCAGGUUCUGGGCAUCGGUCUGGGGGUGCUGGGCUGGAUCGGGAACAUCCUGAUCUGCAUGCUGCCCAUGUGGAAGGUGUCGGCCUUCAUCGGCAACAACAUCGUGGUGGCGCAGGCCAUCUGGGAGGGUCUGUGGAUGACCUGCGUGGUGCAGAGCACGGGUCAGAUGCAGUGCAAGGUCUACGACUCGCUGCUGGCGCUGCCGCCGGACCUCCAGGCGGCCCGCGCCAUGGUGGUCAUCGGCAUCCUCUUCGCGCUCUUCGGCCUGCUGCUGUCGGUGGUGGGGGGCAAGUGCACCACCUGCGUGGAGGACAAGGCGGCCAAAGCCCGGGUGGCCAUCGCCGCCGGCGUCUUCUUCCUGCUGAGCGGCGCCCUGUGCCUGGUGACCGUGUCGCUGCCCGCCAACACCAUCAUCAAGGACUUCUACAACCCGGCCGUGCCCGACGCCCAGAGGAGGGAGCUGGGGGCCUGCCUCUACGUGGGCUGGGGGGCUUCUGGACUGCUCCUGAUCGGGGGCGCCCUCCUGUGCUGCCAGUGCCCGCCGCCGUCAGGAGGCCACCGCUACGGCGCCGCCAAAUACUCGGCCCCCAAACCCAGCAGCCCGGCCAAGGAAUUUGUGUGAAGGAGUUUCUUUGUCACUAACCAGACCAGGUCUAAAAGUCUUUUUAACACCUCUCUGUCCUAAACUUUCACAAUAAAAGCCUUUUUUAUCUUUG